AUGGCGACUGCCGGCGGCCUCCCUUACAUCCUUUUUCCGAUCAUGGCGGCGGCAUUCCUUAUUCCGGCCGUCGAGCCAAAAGUUCCGAACGAAGGCAGCAAACUCGACACGUGGUUCAAUAAAUUUGUCGGCACUUUUGAGUCACGUAAAAAACAGCUGUUGCCGGAAUUGGUGGCCGCUGAAACAAGCCGCAAGGUGAUCACUGUGCGACAAGACGGCAAGGGUCAGUUCAGGUCAAUAAAGGAUGCCAUAAAUAGCAUUCCGGAUGGGAAUAAGGACCGGAUAAUUGUGGCGGUCGGGCCGGGGACUUAUGUGGAGAAGGUGACCAUCUACAAGGAGAAGCCCUUUGUGACGUUGUACGGCGACCCUAAGGAUAUGCCGAUGAUUGUGUACAAUGAGACGGCAAGGUCGGCCCAUGGGACCGUCUACAGCGGCACUGUGAUGGUCCUUGCCAAUCACUUUAGCGCCGUGAAUAUGAAGUUUAAGAAUUCGGCGCCGAAGCCAGAUGGAAAUCCCGAUGAGCAGGCAUUGGCGUUGAGAAUAUCGGGAGACUACGCAUCCUUCUACAAUUGCAAAUUCUAUGGCUUUCAAGACACACUCAUGGAUGACCAUGGGAGACAUUUGUACAAAGAUUGCUACAUCGAGGGCACCGUGGAUUUCGUAUUUGGCACCGGACAAACAAUCUUCAUGAGAACUGAACUCCAUGUUAUUGGAGAUGGAGAGGCGUUUGUUGCGGCGCAUGGAAGGAAUACGUCGGAUGACCCUAGCGGGUUUGUUUUCCUACUUUGUUCGGUGACCGGCACCGGGAAAGGAAAUGCAUACCUAGGAAGGCCGUGGUUCGACUAUGCUCGGAUUAUUUUUUUAUACUCUGAGAUGGACAGCGUUAUCAAUCCCGCCGGAUGGUAUAACAAUAAACCAACUCUGUCUAUCGACAGCAAUGCAUAUUUUGCGGAAAGGCAAAACCGAGGACCCGGCGCAAAUCAUGGUAGACGUGGGCCGGGUGUUGGAGUGCUGCCCCCAGGGGAGGUCGGCAACUUUGCCAACUUUCCGUACGUCGAGGCUGAGAAGUGGCUGCUUCCUCCGACGAGUGAUGUAUCUUAA